AAACUCCGCAGAUCAGAAACGACCUAACCCAAGAAGUGAACACUAGUGUGAAUACGGUGGCAUUAAUUUUGCUUUUUCCGUGAGGUUCUAUAACACAGCGUGUGCACCGAGCCCCGUACAUCGUGACAUUUGUGUUACCGUAGUUGUUUACGGAGUGUUGCGGCGGACGAGACCCCCCUGUGCCAGUGGUACGGCCCGCACCUCGCGUCACCUAUUGUUUACAAAUCAAACGGAGGAGUCGCCUUCCGUCGGCGGCGUGCUGGGCACAGGCGGCGCUCUGCACCGCCUCGCUCAUCGGGGAAACGGACGCGGGAGCCGCGGCGAGGACGGGAGCUGGAGCGCGGAGCGGAACGCGGAGCGGAACGCGGACAUGCCGGCUUGUCGGAAGGAGAAGUACAUUCUCGUGGAGCAGUCGGUCACCGUGGACUCGAAGGACGUGGACGCGCUCGUGGCGAAGAUCGGCGAGGCGCUGCAGCUCCACGGCGGCGGCGUGCACGGGGGCGGGGGCGCGCAGCCCAACAGCAACAAUAACAACAACAGCGGCGGCGCGGCGCUGCAGAGGCGCGCCCCCUGCUGUGGCCGGCUCCGGGGUCGAGCGCUCCGCAGCCGCGCCAGCCCCUACAGCGUGCCGGGCUCCAGCGAGCAGGACUGGGAGCGGGUCCGAACCUGGAGCCGCAAGGGCGUGGAGAUGUCGGGCUCGGGCGAGGAGGGCGACGACCCCCACCGGCUGCUGCAGGAACUGAUCCUGUCCGGGAACCUGAUCAAAGAGGCCGUGCGGCGGCUGCAGUUCUCCGCGGCGGAGCGCGGCGAGCACGCGAGGCCCACGGACACGCGCGGCGUGCACUGCUGACGAAGCGCGGGGUGCGGUGUCGCCGCCGCCGCGUGGACUCUUGGCUUGGGGUGGACGGAGCCGGCGACGAGGAGGGGACUGGGGGGAGGGGACCCGGACCCGGACCCGGACCCCUGGACGCUGCUGUUGUGUCUGUCAUUCACGGGAGUCAUGAUGAUGAUCAACUGUGAUGGUGGUCAAGAAGAUGAUGAUCAUGGUGAAACUACACCCCGUUUCCGCAACUAGCUACCUAAUUAAUUUUUUUUUUUUUUUUUUUUAGAAACAAGUGGUAAAAUGUUGAUUUGUGCGCCUGGACUUUUUUCUAUGAACUGAGCGCUUUGUACGAAUGAACUUGUUUCUCAGAAGCCGUUGUUUGGUUUUUUUUUUUCUUUUUUUUUCCCGGGGGGGGACAGUGGGUGGCUCGUGCUUUGGUCAUCCUUUGGUCAUCCUUUCUCUGUGGUGCUGGUGGCCAGAUGACCGGGGUAGUACUAGUAGUAAUAAUAAUGACGAUGAUUACGAUGACCUUGUUUACAGAUCCACCCUGGGGGUAAAUCAGGGCGCGCGCGAGAAUUGAACACCUACCAUCAUGUUGCUGUUAUUGUUGUUAUGAAUUAUUACUGUUGUUGUUCUUGACGUUGUUGUUGUGGUGAGACGCAGCUCUUGGCGCGCACACCCCCCCCAGACCCCACUCGGGGGUUUUUUUCCGUCGCACGUUGCGGGGCAAUUAGCGACCACACGUGUCUCGCUUCGGGGGGGAGGCGACGUUUCUAGGUCCAAGGUUUCUGUUUCUCAGAACCCGCUGGGAGGAGCCGCGCGCGAGCCCGCGAGAGGUGGGGGGUCGGGGGUCUCCACGCGCCAGGGUUCAAGCGGCUCCGACCUCCCGCGCGCGUGUUCUGUAAGUUGACUUGAGUUCACUUCGCAGCGAAGUUUUUUUUUUUUUUUUUUUUUUUUUUUUUUUUUUAAAACACGUUUCCUGGUUUUCUCAGGACUUGAGUGUCUUAAAUAAACUUUCCUUCUUUUGCAACGAUGCGACGCGUGAAGCCUUGUUUCCU